UGUAGAUUUCAUUAAAUGUUCAGAAUAAAAAUUUCGGGAAGAAAGCCAAGUAUUUUAUGCCUUAAGUCGGCUUUCUUGUUUUGAUUUUUGUAUAUAUAGUUCAUCGGAUAUGUUGGAAGAUGUAGCGGUUUAUAGGAUUUUUAUUUGAAACGGUUAUUCGGGCGAGAGGCACUAAAGAAAACGGGUUUCUUGGUUACUUCGUAUGCAAGGUUAAUACCCAGCCUGCAACUUAUGUACUAGAUGGCAACUUCGCUAAUUUUUUGAGACAACUCGAAGAUGCAAAACUCAAAAACAAGACAAGGAGACAAUGAUCGUACAGAUCGUAAGCCGAGACAAAGUCGACCUAACAUUCAGCCUCGAACAAACAGCGCCACAUCGGGUUCUAGUAUGACAAUGGUUGGACCGAACUUUCGAGUUGGGAAGAAGAUAGGUUGUGGAAACUUUGGCGAGCUUCGUCUUGGCCGAAAUCUGUACAACAAUGAACACGUAGCCAUAAAAUUGGAACCUAUGAAGUCAAGAGCGCCCCAACUUCAUCUGGAGUAUCGGUUUUAUAAAGUUUUGGGCAACACAGUUGGGAUUCCUCAAGUCCAUUAUUUUGGCCCAUGUAACAAAUACAAUGCCUUAGUCAUGGAAUUACUAGGACCAAGUCUAGAAGAUUUGUUUGACAUUUGCGACAGAACAUUUACCUUAAAGACUGUUCUAAUGAUUGCAAUGCAGUUGCUGCUAAGGAUAGAAUAUGUUCACUCAAAGAAUAUGAUUUACAGAGACGUGAAACCAGAAAAUUUCCUGAUUGGAAGAAAGUCUGCAGGAAAAGAUGGAACAAUACACAUAAUAGACUUUGGGCUUGCAAAAGAAUAUAUUGACCCAGAAACCAAAAAGCAUAUUCCAUAUAGAGAACAUAAGAGUUUAACUGGAACUGCAAGAUAUAUGAGCAUUAAUACUCAUUUAGGAAAGGAGCAAAGCAGAAGGGAUGAUUUAGAAGCUCUGGGUCAUAUGUUCAUGUAUUUUCUAAGAGGCAGCCUGCCAUGGCAAGGCCUAAAAGCUGAUACACUAAAAGAAAGAUAUCAAAAAAUUGGCGACACCAAGAGGUCAACUCCAGUGGAAGUUCUGUGUGAAAAUCAACCAGAGGAACUUGCAACAUACUUGAGAUAUGUCAGGAGAUUAGACUUCUUUGAAACCCCAGAUUAUGAUUACUUGAGAGGGCUUUUCAAAGAUCUGUUCGACAGAAAAGGCUACGUUGAUGACGGUGAAUUUGACUGGACGCAUAAACAAAUCCCAUAUGCUAUCAACCCGCAUGAAUCAUCCUCGCACGCAACAGAUCCUCGAUAUAUCCAAAAUCCUGGCAGAAACAAUCCAGCACAAAACAAAGGUUCCUCGAGUGAUCGCAAAGCCUGGCCAGACGUCACCAAUGUACGUAAUUCAAACAGCAACCUCAUGCCGACUGGCGGUCACAGGUUAGCCGGUUCUGUACAGGUUGUCAGCUCUACGAAUGGUGAUCUAGGACCAUCCAAUGAUUCACAACCAAAGCUGGCGCAUUUGAACACACAAGCUGACGUUGAAGUCGUUGAAGAAACAAAAUGCUGCUGUUUCAAGCGACGAAAGAGAAAGACCGUCAGAAAGAAAUAAUAUUUGAAACGGACAGAAAAGCAACACAGGAAAAACGCUUUCCAUUCGCUGCAGUUUGUAACAGUAAGAUCAUGGAAAGUUGUGUGCGUGUGGGUAACCUACUUCCCUUCAUAUGGGUCAUAGCAUAUUGUAGAAUAUACGUAGUAGAGACAGCUAUUGUAAGAUAGUGUACAGCAUGCUGGCGUUUUUACCAAACACGACGCGGUAAAACAAUUUUUUAUUCCAGUAUAUGAACAUUCACCGUUCGAAAUAAUGGGGAACUCCCGUAGGCUAGAAUCACCAGCAGGGUUUCCCAGUUCAGCUGUAGGAAAUUUUGAUGACAAAUAUCUACCGAAAGUGCAACAAGAGUUCGGCAGAGUUCAAAUCAUCCACAAAGAAUCCAGGUUUACUCCACUUUAAAGUUCAUAGUUUUCUUGAAAUUUUUCUUGUCAAUAUAACGUGAAAUGAUUCGAAUGAAACCUGGUUCUCAUCCAACCCCAAAAGUUAUUAACUUCAUGGCUUGCAUAUGAAUAUUGGUUACUAUAUGAUGGUAGUUUAUUUCACCAUCUUGGCACCAGGAUGUCUUUGCAUAAACAACUACCAACAACCUUGCAUUGUUGUUUAUGGUUGUGCAACAACAUGGUUGUUUAGUUGUUUACAUUAGAAACAGGAUGAUGUUGUCAGAACUUAUAAGCAAACAAGCUUGUAGCAAAUCUCGUUUGAGUGUCAACACAAGUGUAAGCAGGCUUGCCUAAUAGUAGUUUGACUUUUCGCCAUCUUUUCAUCUUGGUUAAAUACUGAUUGGAAAAAAUUGCAUGUUUCAACCAAUUUGCCUUGUUAUUGGUAGAGAUAAAAUAUUGAUAUAGGGUGAAUAAUGGUGUGGUUUUUGUUUU